AUGGUACUCCGUUUGCCAGACGGCAAGUUACGUGAAAUUACAGAAACUUUGGAAAAAUGGUCCAUGAUAACAUCAUGCACAAAACGCGAACUACUGUCAUUAAUUGGCAUACUUAGCUUUGCCUGCAAAUGCAUUCCUGCAGGUCGGACAUUCCUGCGUCGCAUGAUCAAUCUCUCAACUACCGUAACUAAGCUCCAGCAGCAUUUAACAUUAACUCAGCCUUUCUACCUCGAUCUACAGUGGUGGCGGGACUUCCUGCCAAUGUGGAAUGGUUCAGCCCAUUUCCUUCAAUCAAAAUGGACUCCCUCACCCGAAAUGGAAUUAUACACCGAUGCAUCAUCUACACUUGGGUGUGGAGGCUAUUUUAACGGCGAGUGGUUCUCGCUGCCAUGGUCCUCCAUUCCAUCCAGCACCAAGCCCGACCUUUCCAUUGCAUGGAAAGAACUACUCCCAAUCUUCCUCGCUUGUUCAAUUUGGGGGAGUUUGUGGCAUGGAAAGAAGGUCCUAUUUCACUGUGACAACGAAAGUAUUGUCAACAUUUGGCGUAAAGGAUCCUCGCGUUGUCCUUUCAUCAUGGCUCUCGUUCGAGCUAUUUUCUUCAAAGCUGCCAAAUCAAAUUUUCAUGUCAUGGUCACCCACAUCAGUGGAAUUAAUAAUAACAUUGCCGAUUCUUUAUCCCGAUUGCAGCUACAGAGAUUCCGUUCAUUGGCACCACAAGCAACAAAAUACCCAAUCAACACAAGGGACUACAUCAAGCAACUCCAACAUCUGCUGCCAAAGGUAACCUCGAAGAAAAAAAGCCAAAUACUACGCCUAUCACUCUCUGGCCGUCUCGACACGGCGAACAUAUGCUGCAGGUCAGUCUCGGUAUUUCAAGUUUUGUCUCGCUCAUGA